AUGCUCUUUAGUUCUUGGCUGACAUUCCUUCUAUUUGCGCGCACGGGAACAAAUUCAAUUAAAUACUCAACAAAUUGUUCGUUUACCAGAGAAGAUGUUCUCUUUGAUUUUACUAAACCAGAUGCUGUGAUUAACGAUUGGAUUGAAGUGUCCGACACACAGCGAGACGUGGGUAAAUCCAAGGGUGUACUUGUCGAACAGAAAAGUGAACAAUUUCAACGAGCAGCGUUUUUCUCGUUGUUGAAUCCUCAACCAAAUGGUGCUGCAUUCGCUGGUGUAACAUAUCGAAAAAAAACAUUCGAUCUCAGUUCGUUCUCCGGUCUCAAAUUAUCCGUCCGUGCACAAGGUGAAAAUUAUAACUAUAAAGUUAUUCUAAGACAUCAUCACGAAGAGUCAUCAUUAGUACCAUCGUAUGAAGUAUUUUUUGAAUUACCAAAAAAUGAAAUGGUUCAGCACUAUUUACCAUUCAAAGAUUUCCUGCCUUACAGUCGUGGAAAAGCAUUGGAUCCAAACACAACCCAACCAUUGGAUUUGAAAGAUGUAACUAGCAUUGGUCUACAAAUCUAUGGCGGGGUCUAUUCUACGAUUAAACAACACGGUACAUCGAGUCUAGAAAUUGAUUCGAUUAGCGCUGUGACAUGCGAAUAG